AUGGCUGACCCCCAGGAGGAAUCGAAACCCCUUUUAAGCCGGGUUCGCGGCGGCAGCGGCCGCGACCGCCCAGAAGGCGUACCCGCUUGCCGCAGCGUCCAAGUCGGCCCUGGCAGCACAGCCAGGCGGGAUCUGUGCUUGGACCAGGCUGUGGUCUUCAUCGAAGACGCCAUCCAGUACCGCUCCAUUAACCACCGCAUGGACGCCAGCUCGCUGUGGCUCUACCGGUGGUACUACUCCAGCUUGUGCCAGUGGAUUCUGAGCUUCACUAUUUUCUUGAUCCUGUUUUUGGCUUUUAUUGAGACCCCUUCCUCACUCACCAGCACCGCGGACGUCCGCUACCGCCCUGCGCCCUGGGAGCCGCCCUGCGGCCUGACCGAGGGCCUGGAGGCGCUCUGCCUGCUGGUCUUUGCGGCCGAUGUCUCUGUGAAGAGCUACCUGGUGGGGUGGGCCCAGUUCCGGAAGAACCCCUGGCUGCUGGCCUACCUCAUGGUGCUGGUUGUGUCUCUCAUGGACUGGAUCGUGUCGCUGAGUCUCGUUUGUCACGAGCCCCUGCGGGUGCGCCGGCCCCUGCGCCCCUUCUUCCUCAUGCAGAACUCCUCCAUGAUGAAGAAGACGCUCAAGUGCAUCAGGCGGUCGCUGCCGGAGAUGGCCAGCGUCGGGCUGCUGCUGGCCAUCCACCUGUGCCUCUUUACCAUGUUCGGGAUGCUGCUGUUCACCAGCGAGAAGGACGCUGGGCAGGACAAGGAGAGGCUGACCUACUUCCGCAACCUGCCAGAGGCUCUGACAUCCCUGCUGGUGCUGCUGACCACAGCCAACAACCCUGACGUGAUGAUUCCGGCGUAUUCCAAGAACCGGGCCUACGCCAUCUUCUUCAUAGCCUUCACCCUGAUAGGGAGCUUGUUUCUGAUGAACCUGCUGACGGCCAUCAUCUACAAUCAGUUCCGGGGCUACCUGAUGAAAUCUCUCCAGACCUCGCUGCUGCGGAGGCGGCUGGGGACUCGGGCGGCCUACAAGGUCCUCUCCUCCGUGACAGCAGCGGGAGAGGCCCACCCCGAGGGAGUCGGGGUGAAGCCCCAGGACUUCUUGCACGUGCUCCAGAAAGUCCAGCUGGACAGCGACCACAAACAGGCCAUCAUGGAGAAGGUGCGUUCCCACGGUGGUGACCUGCUGUCAGCUGAUGAGUUUCAGAAACUCUUUGAUGAGUUUGAUAAAAGGGUGAUUAAAGAGCCCCCGCUGCGGCCCGAGUACCGGUCUCCGUUUCUGCGGAGUGCUCAGUUCGUCUUCAGCCACCGCUACUUCGACUACCUGGGCAACUUCAUGGCCCUUGGCAACCUCGUGACCAUCUGUGUGUUCCUGGUGUUGGAUGCAGAUGUGCCGCCCGAGGACCGGGACGACUUCGUGCUGGGGAUUCUCAACUUCGUCUUCAUCCUGUACUAUCUGCUGGAGCUGCUGCUCAAGGUGCUGGCUCUGGGCCUGCGGGGGUACCUGGCACACCCCAGCAACGUGUUUGACGGGCUCCUCACUGUCGUCCUGCUGGUUUUGGAGAUCUCCACUCUGGCUGUGUACCGAUUCCCUCACCCGGGCUGGAAGCCGGAGAUGCUGGGGCUGCUGUCUCUGUGGGACAUGACGCGGCUGGUGAACAUGCUCCUCGUCUUCCGCUUCCUGCGCAUCAUCCCCAGCAUGAAGCUGAUGGCUGUGGUGGCCAGUACCAUCAUGGACCUGAUCAAAAACAUGCGGGCUUUUGGUGGGAUCCUGGUGGUGGUCUACUACGUCUUCGCCAUCGUUGGCAUCAGCCUGUUCCGAGGCGUUGUUGUGGCUCCUGGAAAUAGCAGCCUGGCCCCUGUCAACGGCUCAGCGCCCUGCGGGAGCUUCGAGCAGCUGGAGUACUGGGCCAACAACUUUGACGACUUUGCUGCUGCCCUGGUCACUCUGUGGAACGUGAUGGUUGUGAACAACUGGCAGGUGUUCCUGGACGCCUUCCGGCGCUACGCGGGCCCGUGGUCGAAGGUCUAUUUCGUGCUGUGGUGGCUGGUGUCAUCUGUCAUCUGGGUCAACCUGUUUCUGGCUCUGAUUCUGGAGAACUUCCUUCACAAGUGGGACCGCCGCAGUCACCUGCAGUCCCUCACAGGGGACUCGGAGGCCACCUCUCAGAUGACGGUGGAGCUCUUGUUCAGGGAUGUCCUGGAGGAGCCCACGGAGGAGGAGCUGAUGGAGAAACUGAGCCAUCACCCACACCUGCAGCUGUGCAGGUGACAUCCUGGUGCGCCCCCCCAGCGGGGGCGGCGAUGCGGCCUCGGGACAGACAGCGACCAUGGGAGGAGGCGGGCGGCGGCCCCAAAGAGAGACUUUCCCUUGGACAGAACCACUGGGUGCACCUGAGGCCGGGAUGGAACGCAGGCCCUGGUUUGCUCCCGAGCAGAAUCACCCCCACAGCUUCGGGCGCCAUCCACGCCACCUUUCUUGGUCACCUGUUUCCAUGAGACUUGCUUUUCUAAGUGUGGAAAGAGGGUGACUCCACAGGGACCUUUCAGACAGUCUGAAAAGCAAGACACAGCGACCUUCCGUGCCUGCCCUGUGAUUGCCGUGGUGCCUUCACUGCUGGUGGCCCUCAGGGACCGGAGGCCCACAUGAGGCCUGCACAAGCCGACCGGCAGCUUUCUGGGGCGUUAAGCUUGGGGUCCUGGCUUCACACGAUGAGAAUCUGGAGUGUGUUUUACUGUUUUCUGGGUUGUAGGAGUGUGAUGGGCUGUGUUUCUUACGAGUCCGAGUGGCAGUCAUCUUCAUCAGUAAGUCUUGCAAAGGAUGGGCUUGUCACCCUUACUCGGACACAGCCUGCUCCGUAUGUGCCUCUGGACUGGGGCUGCCGGGGCCCAGCCUGUCAGGACCAGAGUUGUGGUUGGACCAGCCCUGGGGUUUUUACAAUGAUUGCAAGAUGCCUUUCAGCAACAGCUAUCAGGAAACUGAAAAAAUAAAGGUUUGUUACUUACAAGA